GUGUACAGGUAGGCUCAUCCAUCAGUUCCAAUCAACAUUGCGACAAAAUCGAGUGAUGUUAGUGUGGCAUCCUUUCGUGAUGAUCGAAAUGAAAGCAGAAGAGUUCUUCUCUUAAAAGACAUCCAAAGCAAACUGAAACACAUGAUCGUUCUACCAGUGACAUCACGUGAUGAGGAUCAAGAUUUCCCGGUUACUAUCAUGAUAACACAGAGUGGAAAAAUCGAUAUUUCAAUAUCUCUUGCUUUUGUCAUCAGAUGUUCAGGUGAACUUGUGACCGAGCAUUCAUUACAACCUCCUUCAUUCGCACCGGUAGCUGACGAAAUAUCAAGGAGUGACCUCCAGGAUAUUGAUGUCCAGUCCAUUGCUGACAAGAUGACAGUAAAUCAGUACUAUGAUUUAGGAGUCGCUCUUGGGUUCCGAGUUCAACAGUUAGACGUCAUGGAAUACAACCGAUUCCGAGACAGACAGCAGGCUUUCUAUGACAUGCUAAAAAAAUGGCGACAAACGCAACCCUCUGGUCAAGAAGCAAAGGAAAUCCUGCUGUUACUCAUGAAAUCCUUGGAGUCUUCUACUCAAGACCUAGAAUUAGAUAUCUCCUCUGUUGGUGAAAUCUCGGACAAGUUUCUUGUCGAAUUCUCCCGGAAGAUCAAAGGAAACAAGUUCUUCGUGAUCGGAGAAAAGCUUGGUCUAACGAAAAGAGAGCUUGAACACAUUCAGCAUAAGAGCUUGUUUAAUAGGAGAGAUGCUAACAUUCAAAUGCUUUCCAAGUGGAAAGCAUCCCAAACUUCAGAAGAUGAAGCUGUGAAGACUUUGAAACGUGUUUGGGAAUCUGUCCAGUCUGCUAGAACUGUGAAGAAUGAAGAAGAUGAAGAUGUUUCACAUCAAACAAAGCGAAUUCAUGUGAAAAGGACCAGAUCAGAGGAAACUCAUAGCGAGCCUGAAAUUUUCGAGUCGAUUUUCAAUAUAGGUGUAGAUGACAGUUCAAGUAGAAGCUCAGAGACACAAAACUCAGAGUAUCUUGAGGACCUCCAGCUACAUGGUGGGCAACCAGAAGAAGAAGAAAUAAGGAUCAUCGCUCUUCAAGUUACAAGUCUACCGUUGGCACGUGAUCUCGGGAAAGCCCUUCGUGUUGGUGAUGAUAUCAUUGUUGGAUUCAUUGAUCUAUCGAGCCCUUCAGUGAUUCGUAAUGCGACAUUGCAGGUCAUCGAUAGUUGGUUGGGAAAUUUGAAAGAGGAAGAAAGGGAAGAAAAGCUCACUCGGCUUCUCUCAGAGUACAACAUCUUAAAUGCCAAAGCAGGUAUGUUGAAUUAUAAGAGUAGUUAUAUAACAUUUAAUUACAGUUGAAACAAAAUUGUCCCCACAGAUGGAGUAUAGUAUACUUUGAGUUAAAGCGUCAAAGUACCGUAGUUCUUAUUCACUUCCCGUCGUGGGAUUUAAUCUCGC